CUACAGUCCAUCAGUAAGCAUCUUCCAUCAAAGAAGCAAACUCUAUUCUUCUCUGCUACCAUUCCUCCAAAGAUAGAGAGACUAGCUACAGAAACUCUUCACAAUCCUCUAUUCAUUACUGUUGGAACGCCAAACAGUUCUAGUGUUAAUGUCAGACACACUGUCCUUUGGGUUGAAGAGGAGGCAAAGAAGAAACAUCUUUUUACUUUUCUUAAAGAUAAGGACACAUUCUGUCCCCCAGUCAUUAUAUUUGUUAACUCUCGUAAAGGCACUCUACUCUUAGCUGAGGCCAUUGAUAAAGCUUGUGAUGUGGCGGCCAUUGCCCUGCAUGGAGAGAUGGAGCAGGAGAGAAGGUCGGCCAUUUUGAGUGGAUUCCUGGCUGGGAAGUACGAGGCAGUCGUUGCAACCGGAGUACUAGCCAGAGGACUUGACCUUCACAAUGUGAAACAGGUAUUUAUAUUUGAUGCUCCGUCAACGAUUGAUGAGUUUAUACAUCAGGUUAGCCCUUACACACCAUCACUUU